CAACAUUUCUCCCUGCUCAUACGAACGCAAGAUGGCUGCCAAUUUAUGUGAACGCAAGGACAAGUAGAAAAGUGAUAUCCGUUUGUGAUAUUUCGUUUAUAUUUGUGAUAAUAACAUUAUAAAUAUUAUCAUUGUUUUGUGUAUGUGCUUGGAAGAAGUUUUGUGCAAUAUAUUAUGAGUUAUUAAUGUUUUAAAAGUAGUUUGUGUAAUCUUACGUUUGAUGGUACAAAAUGUUCCUUGUUGAAUUGUGAUUAUUUAUGCAGUGAUACAAGUUUUUGGAUCGCUAUGACGCUUGUUGUUGGAUGAUAUCAGUGUUAUCAUCGGACGGGUAUGGAGAAGGCGAAGGCUUACAUAAAGAGUUCGCUGGCGUCAAAGCCGGCGUCGCCGUGUGCGUCGCGCGACAAAGCGGCGCCCGCGCAGCAGGAGGACACGCGCGUGUGCUUCGUAUGCGGCGGCGCCGGGUUCAGCGAAUACUACACCGUCAGAGUCAAGCCUGAUACGCAGUGCACGGAACCUUACUUCCCGUUCCUGGGCGCGCACGCCCCGCCGACCGGCUACCGCGCGGAGAACGACGAGGAGGGCACGGUGAAAUGCUGCUGCGUCUGCUACACCUUCCUGCGCCAGCAGUGGGAGCAGUACGACCGCGAGAACAAGCCGCACAGCCAGCGGUUCUACUGGAUGAAGAGGCUCGAUGGGAAACCGUUCAUAGGAGCUGACAUGUCGUUCCAAGGCGAGUACGCGGCGCAGGUACUGGGCCUGUCAGGCGAGGGCGCGCGCGAGGAGGCAGCCUCCUCCCCGCGCCCCACCUCGCGCCCCCUUUAUCCCCUUGAUGCGCCCCCACACCCCGCCAAUGACAAUUUUCGGAAAGAAGAAAAGGACCAGAAUCAUGUGCAUAAGUUUAAUAAUCAGCGGACAGGCGCUGCGAAUACUGCGGGCGGCGCGACGGGCGGCGGCGCGGAGGAAGAGGGAGUGCUGGACCUGCGCGCGCGCGACCCGUCCGUCAUCUCGGUGGGCUCGCAGCACUCCGGCGCCUCCGAGCCCGCCGGCUACCUCGACGCCGUCAGGUCAGCUACACUACAUUUACAACCCAUUAGAUCGACGGUAUCGGUGUACUCAGGCAACUCGAAUUCGAGUUCGGACCGUGAUAUUCUGGACCUUUCCAUGCCGGACAAGAAUUCUAUGACGGAGGUGUGCUACGUAUGCGGCGACGAGUACAAACGGGGUACCCUGUACAACCUGCAUACCAAGGAGCCUAAGGAUAAAUCGAACAAGCAGGCGUACUUCCCAAUCUUCGGCGAGCAGCACCCGCGGCCGCCGCGCUCGCGGCCCAAGGACGCGCAGGGCACCGUGCGCGCAUGCGCCGCCUGCCACCACCAUCUGCUGCAGCAGUGGAACCAUUAUCAGAUGCGCGCAGUGCCAGCGAACGAGCGCGUCUACACGUUACGGACGCGGCCGCCGUCACUGCUGCCGCCGUCGCCUCUAAGCCUAGCGAGCUCAGGCGACAAGUCGCUCGCCGCGCACACGCACUCCCCGUCCCUGGAACGGCCGGCCAGCCAACCCUCGGCCCCCGCCACCACCGCCAGCUUCGUCUGCUACGUGUGCGGGGUCAGUGCCCCCAGCUCACAACUAAGGCUGGUCUACUGCUGUCCAAACCCCGAGAGAGAACCUUAUUACCCUUUUAUAACUACGCUCAAACCUCAUCCGGAUGCCAGUCCAAUUAGUCCACAAGGCAUGGUACAAAUAUGUGCGUCGUGUUACAAAAGUAUCCCCCACAAGUACCCGGCGUACGGAGAAAACGGCGAGCCCAACGCCGCGCACAAUAACACACACACUAACAAUAUUAGAUUUAAGCCAUAUGAUAUCAAAUCUAGUUCGAGUCAAUCAAAUAAGAGGCCGUCGAAUGCGUUAUCGAGUAGUCCGCAGAGCCAGAUAGUGUCAGGGGAAAAUGGCAUGGGACUGUACAGAUGCUACGUAUGCGCGGGUUUGUUCCCGCAGCAGUCCAUGGAGUGGCUGUCGACGGUGGCGGAGUACAUGAACUCGCACGCGAUGCACUUCCCGUGCCUGGCGGGCGCGGGCGGCGCGGGGGCCGCGGCCGGCGCGCGCGGCACGCGCGUGCUCGCCUGCUCGCGCUGCGUCCGACAUCUCGCCCGCCAGUGGGAGCUGCUCGACGCUGAGAGGGUGCCGCUCGAGCAUCGCAGAUACAGCAUCCCGUCCCCCCUCCCGGCGAACUCGUCCAUGAACGGCGAGCGCGUCAUCCCCACCCCACCGUCAACGACGUCUGACCGGACCGUCGCUAGUAAUAAUGCCUGUACAUCAAUAUACUGUUUCCUGUGCGGGUUGCACUCCGACUUCACGUUGGGCCGCAUCCUCUACGGACAGCCGCAGGGCAACGCGCCAUACUUCCCUUGUCUGCUUACACACCAGAGCCAUCCAAACGCGGAGCAGUUACGCGAGGACGGGUCCGCACUAGUCUGUACCUUCUGUUACCACUCGUUACUCAGUCAGUGGAGGAGGUACGAAACGUUAGGCGGAUAUCCUCCGGAACGGCGGGUGUAUAAUACCCACGACUACCACUGUCACCUCUGUGGCAUCAAGACCUAUAGGAAACGAGUUAGGGCGCUACCUAUUAAAGAAUUCCCAUUCUUAGUGCAAAGGCGGACUGAAAAUUCAUUAUUAUUAGAAAAUGGCGAUUAUGCCGUAGUAUGUUUAGAUUGUUAUGAAAGUUUAAGGACGCAGGCGCAGGACUACGAGCGGCGCGGCGUGCCGGUGGACAAGCGCGAGUACAACUGGCUGCAGCAGCCGCCGCCGCCCGAGGACUCCGCCGACGUCACCAUCGCGCGCCUGCCCUCCGGGGACCGCUCCGACAAACUCAUCCCGCAGUCGCUGGUGAUAUCCCGCAGCAGCUCGAAGCGCAACAGUCCCAAGCAGCCCGCCGCCGCCGCGCUCGACCGGCGACUCACGCCCAACAAGAUCGACAAGCCCGAUCAAGGUGUAAGUGCGAGCAAGAUUCCGAAACGCGCGGAGAUCCCGCCCAACAAAGGCGGGCCGUUCGCCGCGGCGUUGCGGACGCUCGCCAAGAACGCGGGCCCCGACGCCAAGGACGGCGGCGGCACGGGCAGCGCCGCGGCGGGCGAGCGCGACGCCGGCAAGGACAAGCCUCCGCCCGCGCCGCCCAAGCGCGCCUCUCCACAUCAUCUGCCAGCCAGCGGGUUCCAGCCGUACCGACCUGAUGACAGACUGUCCCACCCGGCGGCGUCGUUCCCGCUGUUGGAGCCGACCGCGUACUCCCCGUACGCACACCCCAGCAUCUACUCCAGUGCCGCGCUGCAGUACAGGCUGGCGGCGGAGGAGCAGAUGUACCUGGAGCGCGUGUUCCGCGGCGGCGUGGGCGUGGGCUGGCUGCCGCCGUACGCGCUGUACCCGCCGCUGGCGCCGCCGCUGCCGCUCGUGCACCAUCUGCACGACGACCGCGACAAGGACCUGCAGCUGCAGCGGGAGCGCGAGCGCGAGCGGGAGCGGGAGCGCGAGCGGGAGCGGGAGAGAGAACGUGAACGUGAACGAGAACAGAGAGAGAAAGAGCAACGCGAACGGGAGCGAAUGCAACGAGAGAAGGAGAGAGCCAGGGACGAACAACGCGCACUCGCGGCCGCGCUACAUCCACACGCCGCGCACGCAGCGCACGCACACGCCGCGCAUAGUGCACACAGCGCACACAGCGCACAUAGCGCACAUUCAGCGCACGCGCACGCCGCGCACCUGCUGCCGCCGCCCGCGUACCUGGCGCGCGGCCUGCUGCCGCCGCCGCUGCUGUACCGGCCGUACCGGCCCUACCCGCCGCACCCCGCGCACCCCGCGCCGCACCCCGCGCCGCUGGCGCUGGCCCCGCUGGCGCUCACGCAGCACGCGCAGCACACGCCGCCGCCCGCCGACCCCGCCGCGCCGUCCGCCGCCGCGCCGCCGCCCGCGCCCACCCCGCCCCGCGCCGAGCGCGCCGACCCCGCGCCGGAGCCCGAGCAGCCCGCGCCGGCGGCCGCGGCGCCCGCGCCCGCAGCCCCAGCGCCCGCGCCGUCGCCGGAGGAGGCGGCGCGCCCCGCAGUGAUCCUUCCUGUGAAACCAAUCCUGGAGCAGGAGCGAGCGUUACCACCGGAACCCAUUCCACCAAAACCUCCAGAACUAUACCGCCCAGACGAAAUGAUGUUUGAAAAACCCGUGUUUCCUAUCCCAACAAAACCUAUUCCACAUUCUCCAAAAAUCUCCCCCUCGUCCAUCCCCAACCCUAACCCAAGCGUCAUGACUCCAAAACAAGUGGACGGGUACCCAAACUUUGGAAGCUACCUCUACUCAAUCCCAGGAUAUUCAGCGUUUCAACCCAUCAAUUCAGUUCAAUACCCACCUAUUAUUCCACCGACUAUGCCUCCUCCAAUACAGCCUGAGGUUUCGACACCAGAGUACAUGCCAUUCCCAACAAUGAGCAAAGAGCCACAUACACCUAUGGUUGACGUUGAGACGACCAUGGACAUGGAACCACCAAAGGACCUACCCAAACAGCAGACAGACUUCGAGGAGCACUUUACUCCCGAAAUAAUAACAGCUACUUCCAUGCCAGAGGUGGCUAACACACAAACGACUGAAUCAAAAAUGAGUAUCACAUCGUUGGCACAAGGAUCCGGAGCCACAGUUACAAUACCAUCACAAUUACCAAACAAAGAUUUCAAAAAGAAACCAGAACGGUUUAGUUUAAAAACGAGUAUACCCAUUAGUAAGAUAGAUAUGAAAUGUGUGAGCAAUCCGCCCGACACUGCAUUCCAAAAUUCUUUAACAAAGAAACCAUUUGCAUCGUCUUUCAACAAAGAGUCACCGAGAGUUGAAAUACAGAGUAACAUUGUUAUAAAAUCUGCUACUAAAGAGCCCGAAAUCAAAGAACCAAAGCCUAGCGUGCCACCGACCAGCAGUAUCAGUACAUUACUUAAUUCUAGUGAACCGAUCAACAAAACUGAUAGUCAGUUUCGUGUGCCGGAUCCAAAGGUUGAUACAACAUCUGAAGCAAAAGACACAGCUAUGCAAAGACCUUUAUUUAACCCUAUUAAUAUUGAACCAAGUAAAGUUAAUUUCAGUAAACCACCAGAACAGUCUUAUAAUGAACAAAAGAAUCAGAUAGUUUUCAUACAAAAUAAGAACAACACGAAUCCAAAAAUGUUGCUGACGAUACAGCAGCAGAAUCCACAAGUGUUAUUGCAGAGAGCUAACUUCGAGUCAAAAAACCUGCAAGCUCCUUCACGACUGUCAAGCCAAAGUAAGAAAUGUAAAGAAGACGUAGUCAAUGAAAGUACUUCGUCGAAAGUAGUUGCACUGAAAAGAUUACACCAAGAGAAUUGCGACGAAAAUGAUUUCGAAAACUUGAUUACUGAAAAUCAAAUAUAUGGUAAUAAGAUAGUCGUGAAGGAGAAAUCUCAAGGAACAUCGCAGGAACAAGAUUUAAAGACUAAAAAAGUGACUGAGAAGGUGACGACAACAGUAACGGAAACUAAGAACGUUGUCUUGCAACCGAACUUUGUAUAUCUGAGUAACGUUCAAUUUCCCAACUUGAUGAUGAUUAAGAACAACUCGAAAGUGACACAAACUCCCGAUUGUAAUAAACCAAAAUUAGCUCCGAAGGAAAUUAAAAUUGCACCUGAAAUAUCUACAUCUACUACUGUUGGUACUACUGUUGCUGCCACAGCAGUUGCCGUGCCAGUAGCGAUCGCACCCGCAGUGAUGACACCAGCAACAAUAUGUACUGAAAGUAUAACAGAAGUCAAAGCUUCAAAACCUAGUACUAUAGUGACACAAGAAGUACAAGUACUGAAGACUAGCAGUAAUGUAUUACAAACUCUUCCUAAUAUUACUAAACCUGAUAUAGUAAUCCAAGCCAAUCCAACUGUUAUUGUUAGCCCACAAAUCGUUUACCAAGUACCCAUUACCACUAUAGUAGAAGCUGAGAAAGUAAAUCAACCAUUUAAAAAGCGAGACUAUCCGAAAUUUAUCGCACCGAAGAAGGAAGCUCCCAAAAAAUCAGACCAGCGUAAACCAAAUGACAAGUUGUUUAUAGCUUGCCCUUACCAAAUGGAUUCAAAAUUACAGCCUAAAAUAGUUAUAACUAACAUCAGACCUAAAGUAAACAAAGUAGAAGAAGUUAGUUCUUUAGACGAUUAUGAGAAACGAAAACGUUUGAGACGACUCAAGUAUUUGUCGAACCGAGACAGUAAAGAAGUGAAAGCUGAUGCCAAACCUGAACCUACUAAGAAGGUGGUUGAAAAGACUGAAAUUCGUAAUAAUAUAAUUACACCAGAUAAAGUAAAAAGUGAAAUAUACAAAGAAUUUGCAAAAAGUAAAAUGGCGGCGGACGAUGGUAGUAGCGAGAGUGAUUCCGAUGACUACGGUGAGGACGACUUGAAGGCGUAUGAAGAAAUUAUCGAGGAGUACGGCAUUAAAGAUGACAAAGAAAAGCGGAAAGUUGAAUUCAUGUCUCAUUUGAGGUUAGCCACAUUACAAGAGUUUAAAGAAAAAGAGUUGGAACUUCAAGACAAGGUGCUGAGAAAUGACUCCGUGGCAGCCGCGUAUGCCGCAGUCGGUCGUCUCGACGUGCUGCGUAAUGGGGCGGCUGAAGAAGAACCACAGGAUGAAGAGAUAGAUGAAGACAAGCCAGUGACUGAGGUACAGCCGGAGAACAGAGCAACGAUGCAGAGGAAGAAGUUAUUUCUAUCCAAGUUGAAGUUAACACAAGUCACGCAGAAAUACAAAGAAGGCUACGACAAAGUCUGGCAAGAAAUAUUAAAGGAAAGGAAACGUCGAUACAGUAAUCCAGAUUUGGAUGACAAUUGUAAGGAACCUCGACUGGGGUUCGAUCCCAACUGCCAACUCAGAUUACUGACGGAAAUCAACAAGUGUGUCAACGAAAAUAACAAUCUCAUCAAGAAGAGAUUAGACUCCACAUCUAACGGAGAUACAAACGAAGAAAGCAUUAAAGUGCUAGCAGAGAAGAACUUCUCAGAACUGAACCGGCUCUCAAAAAUGGCGGACACUAGUGUCAAACUGUUCAAAACGCCGAACACAAGAAAAAGGGACUUAAACCCGGGUUUCGACAGCGAGAACAUUAAAAAUUCGAAUAUAAAAGUGCAGCAACCAUAUGAAAACUAUCCUAAGAUUAAAAUACCAAGUGUAGCGAAGAUCAUUUCUUUGAAAACGACGCAGGAGUGUACGACCGCUACGACGACACAGGCGACAUCUAUGGACGAGCCUGUGAACUCGGCGGCGGGAGUGACUGAGGUCAUAGAGGAAGUGGCGCCCCCUGGACUGACUCGUGACAUUGGUUGUCAAGUGGACGAGCCCACGUGGGCCGGACUGGAAGCUCUGGCGAAGAGUUACCGGGAGUAUGAUGCAGUUCGCCGGAAAGAAAUAAUCGACCUGCACAAACGGAACACUACCCUCAAGAUAGAGGGCGCGCACAUCACAAGGUCCGCGUCCAGAGACUCGGACACUGCGCGAGCGCUACUGGCUGAGCGACAGAACCUCUCCGUCGAAGAGAACAAACUGCGAGUCUCACUGAAGAAGAUACAACAGGCCAUUGAUAUUAUUAGGAACUAUUCAUAGACUGGUUUCAGAAUGGGGCGUCAUUCAAUUGUGUUAUCAACCGGCAUUCAAGAAGGAAAUAGUAUUUUAAACGAUGAAAGAAAAAAUAAUAAAUCGUUUCUUCUUUCAUAAUUUAUGGCCACAUAUUUAAAAAUUAAUUUCAAGUUG